UGCUAAGUUAGAUCAGUUUUCUAAACAACGGUGUUGUUGUAUACUGUAAUGAUAGGAGUGUAUUUUUAAAAUAUCAUGGCUGUUAAGCAGUGAAUUAUUAUACAUUUCCUAACUGAAUAAGCUUUAAUUUGAUCAGAAAUGACUGUCGACGGUGCAAUUAGUAAUGAACAAGUAAUUUUCGUAACCGGAGGUUACGAUCACACAAUCAAAAUAUGGCAACCACAUACAGGUGUUUGUCAACGUACAGCACAACACGCGGAUUCUCAAGUUAAUGCCUUAGAUAUCACACCUGACAAGUAUGUUGUAGCCGCUGCUGGAUAUCAGCAUAUACGAAUGUACGAUUUAGCUUCAAAUAAUCCCAAUCCAGUUAUCAAUUAUGACGGAGUAUCAAAGAAUAUUACUGGCUUAGGUUUUCAGGAAGAAGGAAAAUGGAUGUAUACUGGAGGAGAAGAUUGUUCAGCAAGAAUAUGGGACAUGAGGUCAAGCAGUUUUCAAUGCCAAAGGAUAUUUCAAGUUACUGCACCUGUAAACUGUGUAUGCCUGCAUCCAAAUCAGGCAGAAUUAAUUGUUGGCGAUCAGAGUGGAGUCAUACAUUUAUGGGACUUGCGUUCGGAUCAUAAUGAGCAAUUAAUUCCUGAGGCUGAAUCUUCAAUACAGGAUAUUGCGGUAGAUCAAGAUGGUACUUAUAUGGCAGCUGUGAAUAAUAAAGGACACUGUUACAUCUGGACACUUACGGGGGGUAUUGGGGAGGAGCCUACAAGGUUGAAUCCUCGUCAUAAACUUCUGGCUCAUAAACGUUAUGCUCUUCGUUGCAAAUUCAGCCCUGAUUCUACAUUGUUAGUGACGACAUCGGCUGAUCAGACUGCUCGAGUAUGGAGAACAACAGAUUUUUCCGAAGUACAGGUACUUCAGCACGAGGCUAAACGCUGGGUUUGGGAUGCAGCAUUCAGUGCAGAUUCUCAAUAUAUAUUUACUGCUUCCUCAGAUGGAGUCGCGAGGUUGUGGAAUGCAUCUACAGGAUCAAUAGAACGAGAAUAUCAAGGACACCAGAAAGCCGUCACGGCUCUCGCUUUUCGCGACGAAAUCGUUACUGCGAGCUAAAUAUAAAAAUAUAUAUGUGUGAUAUAUAAGAGAUAGACAUUUCUCAAUGUUUAAGAUUUGUUGAAAAUUAAGAAUUGUAUCCAUAAUUUUGUAAAAGAAGACCGUCAGGUACAUAUAUAUUAAUAUAUUCAUUUUUUAAUGUUGUAUAUUAUUUGAAAAUUUUUUCGGAAAUUCGAAAAAGAAUCAUGUAAAACUAUAAAGAGAAAAAAAUUCAAAAUACAUAUUAAACAAAUAUGACAGAAGCUUAACAAUGUACAAAGAAACUCAGUAUAAUAAUAAUAAUUUAAUUAUCACUUAAAAUAUCGUUAAAACACAUUUGCGGAAUUUUUUCCUUCAUACAGACACGUUGCAGCUCUCCCCGUUUAUUUCUCCUUAAUCUUAUUUGGUUUAUUAAACUCGCAGUCUUAAAAUAGGUUUACACUUAUUAAAGCAUAUAUCACAAAGCAGCAUACAACUACGUAUGUACGAUAGACUCUUAAAUAUACGAAUAAACAAAUACCAGAA